AGCAUGCACAAUUGUUAUUAGCUGAGUGUAGAGCAGCUGCAACAAGGAGGACGCUGUGAAACUCAAACAUGGCGGCCGGCUAUGCGUGGUUUCUGGUGCUGGGCUCGGUUUUUCUCUGCAAUCUUAUGAAAAUACUUCUACCGACCAUCUCCUCCUUCCUCUCAAAAAUGGUGCAGAAAGAUGCUGAGCAAGAGAGUGAGAUGAGGGCUGAAAUCCAAGAGAUGAAGAAGGAGCAGUCAUCCAUUAGCAUGAUGGAUGAGUUUGCUAGAUAUGCCAGGCUGGAGCGCAAAAUCAACAAGACAACAGACAAGCUGAAAACACAUGUGAAGUCAAGAACUGCUCAACAAGCCAAAAUGAAGUGGGUUGUCAGCAUUGUCUUUUACAUACUGCAGGCUGCUCUGAUGAUCUCAUUGAUAUGGAAAUAUUACUCUGAUCCAGUGACUGUGGUGCCCAGCAGGUGGAUUGCUCCUGUGGAGCGCCUCGUGGCUUUCCCAACAGGAGUGGCAGGUGGAGUGGGAAUCACAUGCUGGUUGGUGGUUUGCAACAAAGUAGUUACUCUGGCUCUGAAUGCCAUCAGCUAGAGUUUUCUAAUCUUUUGCUCAACAAAUUUGUUUGACAUUGAACAUUGGAGUUUUUGUUGUCAUUUUCAGUCAGCUGAUCCCAGUGUAGAACGUUUAAAUAAAAAAAAAAAAAAAUGCAGUGCAUUUUGGCAAUUUCAAAUUGCAACAGUAAUUUAUUGUCUUUGUUAGCAUUGUUUAUGUUUUAAUGUCAUUGUGUGUUUAUUACUCUGAAACUCAUUUUUAUUAAAGGAGAACAAGAAAUGUGCUUGUCGUUAUUGUAGUUUGUACCUGGGAAUAAUCCAACAAAGUCAAAUUGGGUCAUAAAAUGUUACUGUAAUUAAAAAAAAAAAAAAAAAA